ACCAGUAGAUGUCGCAGUAUGUCUUGCUGCCCAGAAGGGCCGGGAGACAUUUUCGGUGGAGUGAAAAGCUGGAAGCGGCAUGGCAGAUGCAGCUGAAAAAAUUACAGCGGCCCCUUCAAAAUAUAAAGCCGAUGUGUGGGUGCACUUCGGUUUUAAAAACAAACUUGGCAGCAUUGAGUUGGAUAAAACCAAUGCAAUAUGUAAGCUUUGUCACGCUGCUAUAAAAUAUUCGGGUAACACAACCAACUUGCGAACGCACCUUGUCAGACGCCAUGCCGAUAUAACGUUACAGCAGCUUCCGAAACCUAUCGAACACAGGCAGACUACACUGGAUAACAUCUCUAACAAACUUCCAUCUACCUCAGCUCGAGCUCUAAAAAUAACGGAGUCAUUGGUGCAUUUCAUUUGUCAUGAUUUGCGGCCCUACAGUGUCGUUGAAAACACGGGAUUCAGGUAUAUGGUUAACGUCAUGGAGCCGCGCUAUGUGAUCCCGACUCGCAAACAUAUUACUGAGGUAGCUGUGCCCAGAAUGUAUGAAGAGGUGAAGCAAGAAGUAAAAACAUCUCUUGCCUCAGCAGAAAGAGUGGCCUUAACGUGCGAUGGUUGGACAUCGAGAGCCACUGAAUCUUAUAUUACUAUCACGGCGCACCACAUUAAUGAGAACUGGGAACUGAUUUCUCAUGUUUUGCAGACGAGGGCAAUGCAUGAGAGCCAUACUGGCAGUAACAUCGCCGAGCUGUUGAAAGUAGCAUUAGAGGAAUGGGAUAUAAAAAGCAAGGACCCCGCUAUAGUUACAGACAAUGCAUCAAACAUGACCAUAGCAGCGCAGCUUGCUGGUUUGCUACAUUUUAAAUGUUUCGCGCAUACUUUGAAUUUGGCUUCACAGCGCGCACUGCAGCUAAAACCAGUCGCCCGUUUGCUGGGAAGAGUGAGAAGAAUAACCAGCUUUUUCAGACGCAGCCCCACAGCUAGCUGUGUACUGCGUGAAAAACAAAAGCUUCUAAAUCUGCCUCAACACAAAUUACUCACUGACAUCGUUACCAGAUGGAAUAGUGCUCAUGACAUGCUACAACGCUUCUUAGAACAGCAGCCAGCCAUCCAUGCUGCCCUCCUCUCAGCUGAGGAAGACAGAGAAGGAGAUCUGCACCCUCACUGAGUCAGACAUAACAGCUGCUGAAGAAGUUGUCACUGCUAUGAAGCCCAUGAAGGUAGCUACACUUGUCAUGUCAGAGGAGACCACUCCAACACUAUCAGUUGUAGCACCACUCCUUGCCCAGCUGAUCCAUGAUCUACAAGACAGCCCAGCUGAUUCCAGUUUGACAAAGGAAAUCAAAUCUGUCAUAUGCCAGGAUCUUAACAAGAGGUACUUGAAUAAGGAGGCUCUUUAUGUAGCCUCAGCUAUGGAUCCGAGGUUUAAGGCCCUGCCCUUCCUUUCAGAAGACCAACACCAGGACAUCUAUGCUAGAAUCACUGCAGAAGCUACAAGGAGCAAAGGGGCAUUACAGCAGAAUGAUACUGGAGUGGAGACAACAGAGACAGAGAGUGAUGUGAAUGUGGUGCCAGAGGAAGAUGAGGACAGCAAUCAAUGCCCUGUGCAAAAAGACAUCUCUGCAGUACCAUCUAAGAGAUCACGGCAUUUUCUAGCUGACUUACUUGGUCAAACAUAUGCUGCAGGUGCUGCAAAAAAAUUGAAAACCGCAGAGGACCAAGCAAAGGAGGAGAUGGCAAAAUACAAGGAGGAAGCUCCCCUGCCACUUAGUGCUAAUCCACUGGACUGGUGGAAAGGGCAUCAGAGCGAGUAUCCUCUCUUGUCUCACAUUGCAAAGAGAUACCUGUGCAUCCCGGGGACUAGCAUCUCCUCUGAGAGAGUUUUCUCUACUGCAGGGGAUAUUAUUACAGCUCAGAGAAGUGCACUUACACCAGAGCAUCUUGAUCAAAUUAUGUUCCUGAACAAAAAUCUGAGGUCAAAGUAGGCCUGUCACUGUAUCCAUGUUUUUACAAAGUUUGGUUAUAAUACUUAAUAUGCACUAUGUUUUACUCAUACAUUUCAUUGUGACAGAGUACCUGAGGAUAUGCACUUUAUUUUCAUGUUUGCAAUGUGUGCACUGUUAAAGUGCAGGUUAAUAUUGUUAUGGCAGCUUAAAAAAUAAAUUGGAAAAUUUAUUUUGAAUUAUGUCGCUUUGACUCCAUUUGUCCACUGAUUUAUCAUUGUGAUGUAUUAAUACUACCCAGAUCGUACAGAGUAACAAAGUAUUUCAGCACUGAUAUAAUUUUUUAGUGAACUGUAAUCAUAUCGUGAUGUGUAUCGUAUUGUGAUGUGUAUCGUAUCGUGGUCCAUAUAUCGUGAUGCGUAUUGUAUCGUGGUCCAUGUAUCGUGAUGCGUAUCGUAUCGUGAAGUCCUUGCCAAUA